AUGUCACGGGUGAAAAUUCCAGCAGAAGAGAAAGAGAUGGAUGAGGCAAUGCGCUCCUUCGCAGAGAAGGUCUUUGCCUCUGAGGUGAAAGAUGAGGCGAAUAGGCAAGAGAUCUCUCCUUUUGAUGUGGAAGAGAUCUGCCCCAUCUCGCGCCAGGAGAUGAGAACACACAUGAUGCUUCAGGAGAGUUCCUCCACAGCAGAAAAGCGGAGGAAGCGCAUGCUCCGCCUGAAGACAAUUGCACUGGCACUCCGUGCUCAGAAGUCUAUAACCAGACUGUCCACUAUUGAUGAGGUCAUCUCUACCUCCCCCCUGUACCCGGUGCCUGACUUCCAGAGGGUACAGAUCACAGGGGAUUAUGCCUCUGGGGUGACAGUUGAAGAUUUUGAAGUUGUCUGCAAAGGCCUGUACCGUGCCCUGUGCAUUCGGGAGAAAUACAUGCUGAAGUCUGUGCAGAGAUUCCCCAGGACCCCAUCUCAGUACCUGCGUGCUAUUGAAGGUGAUGUCUGGAGGGCAACUGACGCUGGCCCAGUGUUCACCCCGCCAGUGAAGGAUGGACAAGAUCCCUUUGAAAGGAAUCUCGCUGAGGACCUGGGAUACCAUCUCGAGAUGAAGGAUGGGUAGUUUUACAUCUAUGGUGACAAGGCAGCAGUUGGAAGAAAGGAGCCAAAGGACCGGCCCUAACCCUGCCUGGAGCACUUCGUUGAUGACAUGAACUUCCUCUUGGCCCUGAUUGCACAGGGGCCUGUUAAGACCUAUGCUCAUCGGCGCCUGAAGUUCCUUUUCAAGUUCCAGGUGCACGAAAUGCUAAAUGAGAUGGAGGAGAUGAAAGAGCUGAAGAACAACCCCCACCGUGAUUUCUACAACUGCCGGAAGGUGGACACACACAUCCAUGCUGCAGCCCUGCAUACCAGAAAACACCUUCUGCGUUUUAUCAAGAAAUCUUACCGUGUGGAUGCUGACCGUGUAGUUUAUGAUUCCAAGGGCAAACAGCUCACCCUGAAACAGCUUUUCCAGCAGCUCAACCUGCACCCGUAUGACCUGACAGUGGAUUCCCUGGACGUCCAUGCAGGGCGGCAGACGUUUCAGCGCUUUGACAAGUUCAAUGCCAAGUACAACCCUGUGGGUGCCAGCGAGCUGCGUGAUCUCUAUCUGAAGACAGAAAAUGCUAUCAAUGGCGAGUACUUUGCUACCAUCAUCAAGGAGGUUGGCUCUGAUCUGGAGGAUGCCAAGUACCAGUAUGCGGAGCCUCGCCUCUCAAUCUAUGGAUCAGCUGAGGAGUGGCACAAGCUAGCCAGCUGGUUCAACAGGCAUCGGGUCUAUUCCCCCAAUAUGAAAUGGAUGAUCCAAGUACCUAGGAUUUAUGAUGUGUUCAGAUCUCAGAAUUUCCUCCCACACUUUGGGAAGAUGUUGGAAAAUAUCUUUGUUCCAGUGUUUGAGGCAACUGUCAAUCCUCAAACUCACAAGGAGCUGAGUGUCUUUCUACGCCAUAUCACUGGAUUUGACAGCGUGGAUGAUGAAUCCAAGCACAGCGGACAUAUGUUCUCCACUAAAAGUCCAAAGCCAGAGCAGUGGACUUCUGCGAAGAACCCAUCCUAUACCUACUAUAUAUACUAUAUGUAUGCCAACAUCCUGGUGCUUAACAACCUACGCAGGCAGCGUGGUAUGAACACAUUCCUCUUCCGUCCACACUGUGGGGAAGCUGGGGCCAUCACACAUCUGCUUGCAGCCUUCAUGACAGCAGACAACGUCUCCCAUGGUCUAAACCUCAAGAAGAGCCCAGUGUUGCAGUAUCUAUACUUCCUUGCCCAAAUUCCCAUUGCUAUGUCCCCGCUCAGCAACAACAGCCUCUUCCUGGAAUAUGCUAAGAAUCCAUUGCCUGACUUCCACCAGAAGGGCCUCAUGGUGUCCCUUUCUACAGAUGACCCCAUGCAGUUUCAUUUUACCAAGGAGCCCUUGAUGGAGGAGUACGCCAUCGCUGCCCAGGUCUUCAAGCUCAGCACCUGUGACAUGUGUGAGAUCGCCAGGAACAGCGUCCUGCAGUGCGGCCUGUCCCAUGAGGAGAAAGCCAAGUUCCUGGGUGAGAACUACCAGGAGGAGGGGCCCCAAGGCAACGACAUCCGGAAGACAAACGUGGCUCAGAUCCGCAUGGCCUACCGCUACGAGACCUGGUGCUACGAGCUCAACCUCAUCGCCGAGGGCCUGAAAGCCGAGUAG